UAAUGAGUUCAAAUUUACCGGUGGAUUACUAAAAGUGAUGUGGUGAUGAUCAGCAAAUUCUAAUGGAUAUUGGCUGUGUGGGUCGUAGGAUUAAAUGAUUGCCAGUGAGAAUGAGACUGCGGACACUUCCCCUAUCGUGUCAGUCUCACCUGGGGUCCUGUGGACCGCCGCUCCUCCGUGUGCUCCGGACUGUGGGUGGGGUGCGGAUCCCUGCCCCCCGGACAACUGUGUCUGGGAUCUAUCUUAUAACGACUCGUCAGCAUUCGGACGAAAUUCCAGUAAUACGAGCAUGGAAGUACCCCACGAUUACAAUUGGGGCGUUUUGUUUUUGUCUCCACUUAUCGUGUUUGGAAUCGGAGGAAAUAUAUUGGUCUGUAUGGCCAUUUCUAUGGAGAAACGUUUACAAAGUGUUACCAACUAUUUCCUUUUGUCUCUGGCAGUCACGGAUCUCUUAGUGUGUGUUAUUGUCAUGCCUUUCAGUAUAAUUAACCAAUUCACAGGUUACUGGCUGUUUGGACCAAUCAUCUGUGAUCUUUAUGUGACAGCGGAUGUCCUUAUGAGUACUUCAUCAAUUCUUCAUUUGUGCACAAUUUCAUUGGAAAGGUAUAUGGCGAUACGAUAUCCAUUAGCAACGCGAAACAAAUCAAAAACAGUGGUGAUCCUAAAAAUAAUUCUGGUGUGGGUCAUUGCUUUGGCGAUCACGAGUCCAAUCACAAUUCUAGGAUUUAUAGAACAGUCCAAUGUUCUGAAUGAUAGUCAGUGCGUAUUGACCAAUCAGAACUUCAUCAUAUAUGGGUCCAUUUGUGCAUUCUUCAUCCCGCUGACUAUAAUGGUAAUUUCCUACAGUUUUACACUGUAUCUCCUCAUUGGUCAGUGUAACAAGUGUAAAUCUGGACAGGUGGAGGGCCAACCAAUGAUACGUCGGUCACUCAGUCGUAAACCUAACAAACAGCGACCACGGGUAAAGUUCUCGGCACGACGAACGCGAAGCUGUCCGGUGGAGGACCAAGAGUGCAGUCAAGACACAACACCCAUCAUACAGCGCAAACCUCUCAUCAAGUCAAGCAUUUCAUUCCCUAUACAUAGUCAUCAUCGUCAGCAUAAUCAAAAUUCCAGCAGCCAUCCUAGGGGUGGUCGUCGGGGGGAAGGACGGGUAGAAGGGCGAGGGGAGGGGCGAGCAGAAGGGAGGGGGGAAGGGAGAAGACUGAUGAAUAUGAGGACAGAGGAGGCUCCAUCCUCCAAUAGCAAUAGUCCUACCAACACCUUGUGGACACGGGAGAGUUCGCCAAAGCCUGGAUCUAACGGGGGAAGUCCUUCCCCUCUCUGGACACAUGGUGCCCAGCCAACUGGAACCACCUCACUUCAGGGACUUGUGAAAAAACAUCAGUUAGUGAUAAAGGCAGCCAGUAUACUGCUGAUGAAAAAGGAAGCCAUACAGAAAGAGAAUGAUGUACACACAGAAGAGAAGGCCUCAAAGGUCAUUGGAGUCGUGUUCAUUCUGUUUGUGGUGUGCUGGGCCCCAUUCUUUAUUGUCAACAUCUUAACUGUGUUGUGUACAUCAUGUGACUUUGACAACAAUCUUAUAGCAGCCUUUGUGUGGCUAGGUUGGGUGUCCAGCACACUUAACCCUAUCAUAUACACCAUGUUCAACAACACCUUCAAAAUGACCUUCAAAAAACUAAUCCUGUGUCGUUACGACACACUACAACGUGGCAAAAGAGUGCGAAGUUGGCUGCUUAGCAACGGGAAUUCUUAUCAUGUUAAUGCUUCCAGUUCAAACAGUUUAGACACACCCUGCUAGUGAUGUCAUAAAUCAUGUGAUAUUUUAUUUAUAAGCAUUGCCAUGGAUAUUCGGAGGUAUUUUUUGAAAUUUCAUCAUACACUUUAUACAAACACUUCAAUGAUGAAGAAAGUGCUGUCAGAAGUACAAAGACACAUGUGGAGUCUACAUUGUGAAGACAUUAAGGUUAUGCAAUGGAGUUGUCUGAAAACAUCUUUGUGCACUUAUGGAUACCGACUUCAAAAGUCUGCAUGUUUCAUACAAAGUUUGAUCACAGGUUCCUCCAACUCCACACUGCCUCUUAAGGUUCUAUAGACAUGUGUGCCACACAAAUAAAACAGUACUGAUUCAAAUUUGCUUAUGUAAUAUAUGUAGUUGAAAUAUCUUCAAAGAAAGUGUAUGUAUGCUAGCUCUAUCAAAGAACACCUGAAGUUCAAGUGCAGACCAUAAUAUUAUCCUCAAAUCUUAACACUUUUUGCAUAAUUACCUUCUCAAACAAAACAUUCUUCAAUUCAGGGUUGUUCUUUGAUCAUGCAAAUAAUUUGUAGUUACAUCGUUACCUCAGCAAUGCCCUGUUUCACUAUAAAAUGUAUGUGAUUUACUCCAUACAACACCCUCCCACUCAGUGCUGCCCUCUAUCUGGAGAAUAACCUCCCACUCAGUGCUGCCCUCUAUCUGGAGAAUAACCUCUCACUCAGUGAUGCCCUCUAUCUGGAGAACAACCUCCCACUCAGUGCUGCCCUCUAUCUGGAGAACAACCUCCCACUCAGUGCUGCCCUCUAACUGGAGAACAACCUCUCACUCAGUGCUGCUCUCUGAUGCCAUCUGGAGAAUAUCUAGAGAACUCUCACUCAAGCAGUGCUGCUCUCUAUCUGGAGAGCACCCUCCCAUUCAGUGCUGCCUUCAAUCUAAGAAACACUCACCAAAUAGUGCUAGCUGCCCUCUAUCUAGAGAACACCCUCCCACUCAGUGCUGCCCUCUAUCUAGACAACACCCUCCCAACCAGUAUUGCCUUCUAUCAAGAGAACACCUUCCCACUCAGUGUUGCCUUCUAUCUAGAGAACACCCUCCACAUCAGUGCUGCCCUCUAUCUAGAAAACACCCUCCAAACCAGUGUUGUCCUCUAUCUAGAAAACACCCUCCAGACCAGUGCUGCCUUCUAUCUAGAGAACGCCCUCCCCAUCUGUGCUGCCCUCUUUCUAGAAAACACCCUCCAGACCAGUGCUGUCUUUUAUCUAGAAAACACCCUCCCACGGCUGCCUUCUAUAACCGAAUAGUGUGGUCACAGAUUCUGUAAAACACCUUCCCACCAAGUGGUGCCCUUCUUUCUAUCACCAGUAAACUGUUAUCAAAGAGCAGCAGGCUCCUUUCUAUCAACCGAGUUUCUAUAAGUUACACAACUUAAGAAUUAUUAAGAUAAAUCAGUUGACAUGGCAACAGAUUACCCAAACGUAGUUCACCAAUUCCAGAUUAAAAGUUGUCUUCUUUCCUGCUCUGCUAAAUUCCCCUAUGGCAAUUAUUUCACAUUAAAACAUGAUUGUAUAUAAAUCUAAAGUCCUCGAUACACGGGGGUUCAAACUUUCCAAAAAUACCAUUAGAAUUACUGUGGCACUCCUGUUUAUAAAAACGCAGAUAAACUAGGAAAAGUUAAUACCGAAACUUGAUUGAAACGUAAGUAGGCAAUCAUUUGUACAUAAUCAAAAUAGUUCACUACAGUAAACCUGAUGUUAUAAAAUCUAUAUAAUUAAAGAAAAGAACAAUUUUUAUUAGAGGUAACCUUGGACGGAAUAAUAACCAGCCCCUGGGGUGCUUCUCAGGACUGCAUACAGAGGUUUGUUCACCAAACCUGCUUUUAUUUAGAUCCAUGUCAAGGUGGAAUAUAUGAGGCAUUGGUACAUUUCAGCCAAAAUUUCACACUGAUAUAAUUUUUGAUGUAUCUUAUUCAACUGUAAAGUUUUGUCAAUUUGAAUAUCUGCAGAAAUAAUUCUAGAUUUAAGUAUAAGUGUUUUUAGUUAGAGUUAUUGGGUGUGUGUAGAUUAUAUAGUGAUCAGGCACUCACUCACACACCCGGAUUCCUACUCCAUCAAACUACCUUUCUACAUCAUUAGUACAUCCUCUCCAAAGCUGAGAGUGCAGAUGACUAUUAUCUAAACUUUACCAUGGCAAGUUACAGCAAAACUUGAAAUUACUGCAUGGUCACACAUAAGAAUUUAGCUGUCUUUAAGGGAACAAAAACUAGUGGUUUAAGUAUUUGAGUAUUGCAUAUAACUAGGUGUAAUGUAAUACGUGGUUAUAACACCAUCAUGUGAUAUGUCCUGUUGAUAUGUAAUACCGUAUUAAACAUUGUGGACACUCUUC